CCUUCCCACGGGGGUUCAGGCGUAAAGCCGAGGGGUUCUGCCGCUCCUCUGCCCUCGGCGCCCCGGGGGUUUGCGCGGUGCGGGCCGUGGCGGCGCCGCUGUGCCCCUGCCGACCUCCCCGCAGCCCCUCGGGAUCGUGCCCUCAGAAGGCAGAUCCUGUCCCUGAUCCUGCCCUCGGGAGCCUAAUCCUGCCCCUGAACCUGCCCUCAGGAGCCUCAUCCUCCCCAGAGGCUGCCUCCCCGUCUGCCUUGUGCCUCCCGACCUCCCCCAUGGCUGCCUGGCUUUCAGAACCCCCGUGUCAAGAAAUUGAUGCCAACGUGUGUUUAAAAACGUGAACCAAAAAAACCCCAAACCAAACCAAACCCAGCCGCAGUGUGAUUUCUUUUCGUGGUUUAUUCUGUGCGCAGUUUGCUUCUGCACUUCUUCGCUCGAGCUACGGGAAUUACUACUUUUUUUAAGGUCAGGAGGAGGAGCAGGAUGGACGUGCUGAGGCCCACCCUGGUGAGGAUUGGGGGGCGAGUGUACAGGAAGAAUCUCAUCCAGGAGCAGCCCUUCCCACAGGAGGAGGAGCAGGAUUUCUGUGCAGGCCCCGGUGACUGCGCGGACGACGAUCCCUGCGACGCCUUCGUGGUGGAGGAGACGGAGCGAGGCUUCCAGAGCCGGGUGGAGGUUCCCAGCCCCCUGUACAAGUAUAUCAUUGGGAAGAAAGGGGAAACCAAGAAGAGGCUGGAAACAGAGACUCGAACCUCCAUCAGCAUUCCCAAGCCUGGAGUGGAAGGAGAAAUUGUGAUCGUCGGGCAGCACCGGAGCGGUGUCAUCUCCGCCCGGACACGGAUCGAUGUGCUCCUGGACAGCUUCCGUAAGAAGCAGCCCUUCACACACUUCCUGUCCUUUGCUCUCAACCAACCUGCAAUCCAGGAGAGGUUCCUGCAGUUCAAGGAGGAAGUGUUGGAGAAAUGCUCACAGGAUCAUGGGGUCAGCAGCAGCCUGUUCCAGAACCCUGCAAAGCUUCACCUGACUCUCGGGACGCUGGUGCUCCUGAACGAACAAGAGAUCCGGAAAGCGUGUGACCUCCUACAGCAAUGCAAAGAGGACUUUGUGGACCAAAUCACUGGAGGCAAGCCCCUGACCGUGGAGGUGGCGGGAGUGGAGUACAUGAACGACGACCCUGCCACGACCGACGUCCUUUAUGCCAAAGUCCACAUGAAGGACGGCUCAGACAGAUUGCAGGUGAUCGCUGAUCGGCUGGUGGAGCGGUUUGUGGCCUCUGGCCUGAUGCUCAAAGAAUGGGACAGGGUGAAGCUGCAUGCUACAGUCAUGAACACUCUCUUCAGGAAAGAUCCAACUGAAGAGAGAAACAACACAAUGACUGGUAAAUCAUCUUGCAAGGAGCGGGAGUCAUUUAAUGGCCGAAAUAUCCUCAAGCUCUUUGAGAACUUUUACUUCGGGGAGGUGCAGCUGGACUCGGUGCGCCUUUCCCAGAGGUUCUCCUCGGACACCUCUGGCUACUACGCCACGUCUGGGCAGCUGUCCUUCUCCUGAGGUGGCAGCUCGGCUGGAGCGGGUCCUCCCUGCACUCAGAGGUACACAAUUCCCUGGUGAAACCUUUUCAGAGGACAAGAAUCCUGGAUGGGAACCUGGGAACUCCAAGCAGGGGUGCUUCGUGACUCCUUCCUGGGUCCUUCCUCCUCCUUUCCCCAUUGGUAACCAAAAUGUCACAAUGGUACCUGUUUGAUGUCUGUUGCCUGUUUGUUUUCCAAGAAAACAACUAGAACUGUGUGGCUUUUUGGGGCGUCACUGGCAUUUAAACGUGGCUUUAUUUCCAAAAGGAGGAAGUUUGUUCUCAAAAAUAAGUAUUUAAAAUCCAGGAGAGCUUUCCAGAGCACGAUCUAAGGAUAUUGAGGUCAGACAUUGCUUGGAUCUCCAGCAGCGUGAUGCCUGUGUGAUGUAAAUCUCCAAAAUAAAUUAAUCCCCUUCAAAAGCAAAGUGUUUAUCAUCUCCCAUUGCAUGGGUCGUUUCUGUAAUUAAACUAUGGCAAUAAAAAAGCAUUGAUGGUAA